AUGAAGUAUAUUCCAAAUUUUAUUGAAAAAGAUGUUGAAUAUAAAGCAUGUGAGGAGAAAAUUAGCACAGUAUUAGAACAUGUCUAUAAUUUAAAAUUUGUAUUACAAGUAAUAGAGUCAAAAGCAAAUUCAAGUGUAGACGAAGAAAGUUUUAAAGAAGCGAAAGACAAAAUGGAAAUAGUUCAAGAAAAGAUUGAUAAUUGUUAUGAGUUAAUUGAAAAAAUAGUAGGAGAAAAUGAAAUUUUAGCACAAAGAUAUUGUUAUUAUCCAUAUUUUUAUUCAAUUUUAAUUGAAGAUGAAUUAGUAAAUAAAGAAGUAUUUAAUGAGAAACUUGGUUCAGAAAAUAUUUAUUCGUUUAAAAUGAACAUAAAAGAAAGUGAAGAUAAUAUUCAUAGAACAACAACGAUUUACAUUAUUUGUAAAAAUGAUUCUACAAUUAAAAAAUUACAAUCAUUUGUAAAUGAUAUGUGUUGGAAUAUUCAAAAAGAAACUACUUAUCAAGAAUGGUUUGAUUCAAAAAUAAUGGAACGUACUUAUGGAACUGAUGUUUGUUAUUAUAGUAACCCUAAUGAUGAACACCACUCAAAAGAAUCUGAUAAUCAAACGUAUACUGAUUUAAUUGAAAAAGUUAUGGAACUUAAAUAUGACUUUCAAACUUCAAAGAAAAUUGUUCGAGUAUUAUCUAUUGAAAAUGAUAGUAUUUGUGAAAUUAAAGAACUACUAUUUUCAAAAGAUCUCAAAAAGAAAUCUGAAGAAAUUAUUACUGCAUUACAAGAUUUUGAUUAUUGGGUUGAAUAA